GGAUUAACAGUGAGCAGCAGAUUAGCUAACCUACCUAGCGGUCCGCAGACAGGCUCAACAGGUGGCUAGUCUGACAGCCCUCAGGGGAAAUGCUUCACCAUAACAACCGGACCUGCGCCCUUUCCUCCCGCAGGACACGCUCCACCAGGCGGCGACAAAGUGCAGGUCUCCAGCCUGUCUUUAUGGUCCGAAAGACACACACAUGCACAAACAGGACCUAUACAUGCACAAAGUGCAGAGAUGUCAGAGUGAGGGGGCUACCUUGCUCAAGGGCACCUCCGCAGUGCCCAGGAGGUGAACUGGCAUCUCUCCAGCCACCAGUCCACGCUCCAUAUUUGGUCUGGACGGGGACUCGAACUGACGACCCUGACGUGACAUUUCUUCUUCGAAGAAGGGCACCUGUGGCCCGAAACGUCACUCCAGACCCAUCACUCUAAUAUGAGGUCUAUAUGGGAGGUCGAGUUGGGGGUGGCUGUGAUGGUGGAGCAGUUCCUGGAGUUUGAUCUUCACGACACUAUCAGAUAUGUUUAAAAUGAAAAUUCACCCAGAUCCUUUGAUAGCGAUAGAUAGAUAGAUAGAUAGAUAGAUACUUCCUCUGUCUCUACUACAACCCUUCAUUCCUCCUCUCCAUCUCAGUUUCAGGAUGCAUCCCAGGGGCAGUUUAAGAGGGAUUUGUCUGGACACAAUCGGCCCAUGUGAACAGCCUUGUCCUGGAUGCCAUCCUAUUCAUAUGGCUUCCCAUUCUUCUCAUGCAUGGCUCACUAAUCCAGGCAAAACCUAUUAACUGGCACUCCGGCAGACAGGAAGAGAUAGAUGGGCAGGUUGUAUUUAAAUCAGUGUGUUUCUGCACUGAGCACUUCUUUAUGAAAGGGCAUGUAAAUUGGGUCUAAAUGUGUAUGUUGGGUGAGGGGGCUUGCCUGUACAUGUUUAACUGUCCUGUUCACUGAAAGAAAUAAAAAAUGCAUUGACAUCUAACGCCAUUAAAUUCACUUUUUGACCAGAGAAUGCUCUCCACGUUAUCUCUGGAGGCCUGUUGAUUGUCAAAGUGAGUCAAGCCUCUUGCUGAAUUUUGGGUGAAACCACUAGAGGGGGACAAACUUUCCAACCAUGCAACCAAAGAAGAAAAUCACUAAUUGCAGCAGGUGAAGGAGGUUUGUUGCUCAUCAUGGUGGGGAGGUCAUCUGAACUGGAAAACAAGAUCAAACAUUUUGAGUUUCACUGCAAAAAUUACACAAGCUGCAGAUCUUUAUGAGUCAGCCUGGAGCCAGCAGUCUGCCAGAAGUUAAGGACCGAUUCUUUGACCUCCCUCCCCCUCUCCGUGCUCCUGUCCGAACGUGCGGGCCGAUCUUCCCCCCGGCCUGAUCAGCAUGACAAAGCACUGGCCGGAGCAGAUCCUCUUGGCACCACUCGCUCUGUCCCACCUUGGAGAACACCACGGCCAUCAACUUGACUUCCACAGAAAUGCGCAGCAGAGUUUUCCUCCCGGCGGUGUAGCGCGCAGCUCUCCAGCCCAACAUUGGCCUCGCCACCUGGAUCAGAUGGUUCCCCAGCAGUUGUCGCGCUUGGAGAAACCAGCAGUGCGCUCCGAACACCUCAACGGUGCCACGGCGUUCAUGGAUAAAGUUGCACCACCGGGCUCAGCGUACCCGACUCCUCAAGAUGCUCACUGCAAACAGGAAAGUAUUACCCGGGACUCGUGGAGCAGUGAACGGGAGAAGAAUGGCACCAGCGGUGGGAAGAAAAAGAACUAUCAGCGGUAUCCAAAACCACCGUACUCAUACCUCGCAAUGAUUGCUAUGGUCAUCCAAAGAUCCCCAGAGAAGAAACUGACGUUGUCUGAGAUCCUCAAGGAGAUCAGCACUCUCUUCCCAUUCUUCAAAGGAAACUACAAGGGCUGGCGAGACUCUGUGCGACACAACCUCUCCUCUUAUGACUGCUUUGUCAAGGUGCUGAAGGACCCCGGGAAGCCUCAGGGCAAAGGCAACUUCUGGGCGGUGGAGCUGAGUCGUGUCCCUCUGGAGCUCCUCAAGAGGCAAAACACGGCCGUGUCACGGCAGGAUGAGACGAUCUUUGCCCAGGAUCUGGCUCCCUACAUCCUGCAGGGACACAAGCCAGAAUCUGAGCCACCACCUGCCCCAGUCAACCCCCUCCCUGCCAUGCGCUCAAGUAACCCCUCCCCGCCACAGGAGGACUUGUUCCGGCCUAAGCUGGACUCAUCCUUCGCUAUCGACUCUCUGUUACAUAGCUUGAGGCCACCUAGUGCCUCUGGGGAUGUGGAUGCGUCUACCAGGGACUGCUGGGGCAAGGUGGAGCGCCCUCGGCCUUCACCUCCUCCACGACCACGCUACGCCUCCUCUGCCCGUAGUGCCUCGGCCAGCUCUGCCAGCCCGGCCUCCACCUCCUCCUCCUCUGAUGAGGAAUGGAAAGGGAUGUCACUGUCUGGGAAGCGUGUUCCUCUUGAUGGUGAAGCAGGGUCAGACGGUUUCGAGGACUACAGACCGCCACUGCACAAGUCAGCCCGACGUGAGACUGUCGCACCUCCAUGGGAGCUUCCUACCUCCUAUGCCAAAUACGCUCCCCCCAAUGCGGUCGCCCCACCCAGCAUGCGGUUCAACGGAGGUCCCCUGAUGCCGCUGCAUGGCGGACUCCCUCUAUACGGCUAUGGCAGCUCUCCUGUGGCACCUGGUCACUUUUUAGGUCAUGCCUAUUGGCCUAUCCUCCCAAGCGGAAGAGUUUCUGUCCAAGCCCCUCCCCUCAUCAUGGACCUGGACAACAUGUUGCAAUCCGUGCCUCCUAACAAGAGUGUGUUUGACGUGUUGGUGCCAACCAAUCAGAACUCUCACCAACAUCAUCAACCACCUGGUCAGUACACACUGCAGAAUGGGCCUCCCCUAAACAGGUAUCCUCAAUACUGACUCUGAAAUACUGUCUUCCUCAUACUGACUUUCAAAAAUGCACAGAUGCUAACAAAGGCGUCACUUCUCUACUGCAACGUCUCAAAAAUCAAGUCUCAAUCACCACCUCUGGCUCAAGAUGUGCUGACUGUUUCUAAAGCAAAAAGGGUGCUGAACCACGGACGAUACAAUUGACAGAUUUUUACCAACAUGAAAACUUUUUUUUUACCUUUUUUAAGUCUGAGAUUUUCAAAAGCAAACCCUCAUGUUUCUCAUUGACGUGAGGACAAAUGUACCACAAACAGCUAUACAGCAAAACAAAUAUCUACCUCAAGCUUUCAAUGAAAAGUACUGUGUUAUCGCUGCAGGCUCUUUGAGCGUUAUUUGCACUGUUUUUAUUGGCACAAAUUUGCUUUUCUACAUAAACUGCCUUUGCAUGUUGUCUACGAAAUGUGACUGCUGAAUGUAUUGUUGGAUUCAAUCUUGAAUUCAACAUUUGUGAAACCUAAUGGCAACGAGCUGGACUGUUGGCAGCAUAUACAGUAAAUGUGAGCUGUGAAGUAUCCCACCAGCAUUUUAAACUUCAGUGAGAACAUGUUUUCUCCUUUGUCAGGGUGUGUCUGUGUGCACAUCAAUGUGUACACACACUUGUGUCAUUUGUGAGUUUAGGUCUGUUUGUUCAGAUGGUGAAAUGUACAGGACCAGCUGUUUACUGUAUGUUCUUCCUGUCUUGAAUUUCACUACGUCUGGACUGUCUUCAUUGCUCCUAUGCAGCUACAAUAUCAUAUUAACCUGAUAAACUAUGAAACUGCAACGUGGCCCUAUAACUGUAUUUGUCAUUUUAGUGUUUGUUUUUACAUUACAAAAAUCUUAAGUUAAGAAGAUGGGCCACGUUUUAGAUUUAGCUGCAUAUUCUCAGGACACUAGCGACAAUCAGCCACUUUACUACCUCCCGCAUCUACCUCAGGUUUUUAAUGGGCUGGGACACGUUUCCUGUGGACUUUGCACUGCCGGCUGUUUGCACUAUUUUGAUGUCAUUAUGAUCAUCCUCCUGUGGAAAUUGCUUAUAAAUGUCUGCCAACCUCGACAGGUGAAUGUUUUUGUUUUUAUGCCAUUUUCCUGUGGUCUUGUUAAAGCUUUGUACAGUGCUGAGCUGAAGUAUCAACGUAUCAAAAGAAGGUUAUGGAGUUGA